AUGCCUCCUGUCCAGUUUCCUCGCCACUUGAAGCCACUUGAGCCUCAGGGCCCAAGCCUAUUAGCUGAAGAACGUGCGAAUGCAACAUUGAAUGUUCCUAAUCUCACAACAGCGAUCUACGGGAAAGAGUAUCUUGAACGACAUGACCGCGUUCUCUCUAUUCUUCUAAAGGAUCCUGUGCUGAGCGACAAGUCUCAUCGCUAUUACACUGGUCGUGAUGUGCGAUUCAAUAAGUCAUUAGCAGCUUCAAAAAGACUUGCGGAGCUAGUAAAGAUUCAUAGCUGGAGUGCAGAAGAUUUAGCAAUUGCUGAUGUAUUGUUUGAUGAAUCUGGACCUUUUCGUUUACACAGAAGUAUGUUUAUGCCCACUAUUGAAAAUCAGGGCACAGAAGAGCAAAAGUCACUUUAUCUUGAUGCUGCCAGACGGUAUGAGAUAAUUGGAUGCUAUGCGCAAACAGAGCUUGGUCAUGGAUCCAAUGUUCGUGGACUGGAGACAACAGCAACAUAUGAUAUAGAAACUCAAACAUUUGUCCUGAGCUCGCCUACGUUAACAGCAUCAAAGUGGUGGAUUGGUGGACUUGGUGUAGCAGCUAACCAUGCUAUUGUUAUGGCUCGACUCAUCACCCAGGGAAAAGAUUUUGGUCCACAUCCUUUUAUCAUCCAAAUCCGCAACCUUACCGACCAUCGCCCUCUACCUGGAAUUAUCGUUGGUGACAUUGGUCCCAAAUUCGGCUUCAACACAGUUGACAAUGGCUUUAUCCUGUUUGAUAAAGUGAGAGUGCCACAUAUUGCUAUGCUGGCUAGAUACGCUCGGAUUGAGCAGCGCACUGGAAACUACAUAAAACCCCCGAACAGUAAACUUACAUAUGGAACCAUGGUCUAUGUCCGUGCCAAUAUUGUACUGGAAUCCCGUUACGUAUUAGCAAGAGCUGCCACUGUUGCCAUUCGCUACUCGGCCAUCAGAUCACAGGGCUCGGAUGCAAGCAACCCUAAGCAAAUCGAGACGUCUAUUGGGUCAAAGACCGUUGAAACUCCUGUGCUCGAUUACACAAUCCAACAAUACCGUUUAUUUCCUAUAAUUGCACAAGCAUAUGCCUGUCAUUUCACUGGCAAAGAGAUGCACAGAGCUUACAAUGAAAACCAAAUCAAGAUGGCUAAAGGCGAUUUCUCUUAUCUUGCCGAUCUCCAUGCAUCGUCUUCAGGCCUCAAGAGUCUAACGACAACAAUGGCUGUUGCUGCUAUUGAAGAAUGUAGACGUGCUUGUGGUGGUCAUGGAUACUCGUUAUUCUCUGGUCUUGGGCAAUUUUAUCAAGAUUAUUUACCCAAAGCGACUUGGGAGGGAGACAACUAUUUGCUAACUCAACAAACUACAAGAUAUCUUCUCAAGAGCUUCCGGUCACUGAUAGCUAAUAACGUUUCAAAAACCGAGACCAACUUCUCUACUAGCUAUCUUGAAGAAUAUCUUGCCAAUCCUGGUGCGCGCUGCCCGGUUCUGGAUGGCCCAUUUAACCCAGAAACCCUUCUUUCGGCCUUCAAAUUUCGAUCGGCUUUCUUGGUCGAAAGAGCGGUAUACUCACUCGAUCAAGAGCAUUGUACAUGGAACGAGAUGCUUGUGGACAUUUAUCGUAUAUCUCGUGCACAUUGUCAGCUUGUCAUGGUGUCUAAUUUUCUCGGAGCUGUUUUCGGAGGGCCUCCAGACGACACGGCUGAUCUUAUCAAUCAGUCAGUCAUGCAGAAGGUUGCACUCUUGUUCUGUUUAUCCACGAUGGAGCAAGAAGUUGCAGACUUUCUUACUUCUGGAUAUCUUUCGCCUUCCCAGUCGCUCUUGGUUCGCCAGCAGACUAUCAAGACAUUAAAAGAUAUCCGCCCUGAGGCUGUGGCUCUUGUGGAUGCGUUUGCCCUUCCGGAUUACUUGCUAAACUCUGCUUUAGGAGAGAACGAGGGGCGGGUUUAUGAGAGAAUGGCUGAAAUGACGGAAAAAGAACCUCUCAAUCGAUCGGAGGUUAUUGACGGUUACGAAGAGUUUAUCCUACCGUUGGUGCAUGCUGGGAAAAGCAAAUGGAAGAUUGGGAAGGAUGCAAUCGCAAGACUUUGA